ACCUUUUGUUGCACCCAUUCAAGUGGAAGUUGCCGCUUCCUCUUUGAGCUAAUGGGGCAAAGAAAAACCCUCCUUUGAAGAUGUGACCAGUUACAGAUGAGACCCUUCAUAGGGCACCAAAUGUAGAUCUACAUGGGAUCCUGAAGAUGGUGUGUCAUUUGGAACUUGGCGCAGAUUAAUGAAAGAACGACGAAAACGAGGCGAACAUUCGUAAAGAACGAGUAAACUUGAUUUAUCGAUUCCAUAUGUUGUCCAAGUCCUCCUCAAGCGUGAUGUUUGUGAAUUUACGCCAUCAUUACUCACGGUGUUGGAAGGCAUUGUUGUAUUUUUUGCUUGGCAAAAAUUUUCUUGGAAGUUCAACCAAACCCGAAGAUUGCAGAUCCAAGUUGUUUACCAAUCUUGCCAAUUUUGGCUAUGAAAAGUGGCCAUGGGCAAGGACGAGAUCAAGUAAACAUACCCAAAACUCAAACAAAACGAAAUUAGUCCAAGUAUCUCAACAUUUCCCGUCUUUAGCAACUAAGAAGAAGAGGAAGGAAAAAGAUGAAAUGCAAGGAUGUUUGGGUUACUACUAGGAUUACUACUCGUCCUCCCUCUGAAUGAUCAUUUUCUUGCAAGGUCUUAGGGCAAAACAAGGCGUUGUCUCUUCGCGAUGAUGAUCAUGUUGGCCUUUUUUGCAAGCCUCCAUCACCCUUGAUGCGCGAGGUUGUUGCCCGUGCCCUUCGGAGGAACUCGAGUACAAAGGCACGGAUUUUGCUGGCACAAUCCCAAUUUGCAGAUGCUGCCGAUCCGACGACGUCGCCCUCGGAACGACCGAGAUUCGGAUCUCAAGAUGCUCUUGGGAAGCCAAUGAGCAAGUACGCACUGUACAUACUACAUGCUUGUACACCACUUACUGUACUUCCCCAAUGCUUGGGCGGUGAUAGAAAGAAGUCAUGAGCAUGCAUACAUGCAACAAAGGCCGACCAAGGUGCUCCCCAUGAAAACGACGGCGAAAACUAUGAGGAUCCGAGUGCCUGAAGUAGAAUAGCUUAGAAGUAGCUUUAGUACUGGGAAUAGUACCCUCAAUUUUAGCUUCGCACAGUACCUCAGUUCGAAAUUCUCUAGACGGCACAAGUAGUUCCAUCACUACUUACCCUAGUUGCCUCAGGAGACAUGGGACUGGGAAAAGUCAAAAAUCAAUUCCGAGCCCAAGAAGAGCAGGAUCAAUUGACUGGAGUGUAGUGUGCAAAUCCUGAUUGAGACAAUCCCAGGAUCUCUCUAGGUUUUCAAAAAAAAAUCUUCAAACGAGUUUUCGUCCGCUGGUGAAUGCAUGUGGGUUUUCUUUAGGUGAUAGUUUCUGCCAUCCCAAGAAAAUGGCGAACUUCUUCAGAAAAAGUCGGAGUGAUCAGCCCAAGUUCUAUGCCACCGUUGGUGAAGGGCUUAAGAAGGUGUACAAAACCAAGUUGUUGCCCCUCGAAGAGGCCUACGACUUCCAUGAAUUUGUGUCCCCCCAACUCAACGAUCCGGAUUUCGAUGCCAAGCCCAUGAUCCUCUUGGUUGGACAAUAUUCCACGGGGAAAACCAGUUUCAUUCGAUAUUUGCUUGAACGAGACUAUCCUGGAUUGCGAAUUGGCCCUGAACCCACAACCGAUUGUUUCAAUGUGGUCAUGUAUGGAGAUCAAGAACAAGUGAUCCCGGGUAACGCAUUGGCGGUGGAUAACAAACGUCAGUUCAGACCCUUGUCCAAAUUUGGUGGUGCCUUUUUGAAUCGGUUUCAAUGUUCCACCUUGAAGAACCCCGUUCUCCGUUGUGUCACCAUGAUCGACACCCCGGGGAUUCUAUCUGGCGAGAAGCAACGGGUGGAUCGGGGCUACGAUUUUGUGGGAGUUCUUCAAUGGUUUGCCGAGAGAGUGGAUCGUAUCAUUCUUCUUUUCGACGCCAACAAAUUGGACAUUUCGGAUGAGUUCCGUCGGUCCAUCCAUGCCAUCCAUGGAUACGAGGAUAAAGUCAGGAUUGUCUUGAAUAAGGCUGAUCAGGUUGACCAUCAUGAGCUCAUGCGAGUGUAUGGAGCACUCAUGUGGUCGAUUUCCAAAGUGAUUAGUGUACCCGAGUGUCCCAAAGUGUUUGUCGGAUCCUUUUGGGAUCAGCAACUCAAACACGACUUGUAUCGAAAACUUUUUGAAAGAGAGUUGCAGCUUUUAUUCGAUGACCUGCAAGACCUGCCUAAAUAUGCAGCACUCAGAAAGAUCAACGAUCUCAUCAAACGGGCGAGAAUGGCCAAGAUACAUGCCUACAUCCUGAGCUCACUGAGGAAAGAUAUGCCUCGGUUCUUUGGCAAAGGCCGGAAGAAAAAGGAACUGAUUCGAGCAAUGCCGAUCAUGUUCAAGCGAGUUCAAGAGGAGCACAUGGUGUCAGCUUCUGACAUCCCGCCUGUCGAGCUCAUGCAAGAGAAGUUGGCCGGAUACGAUUUUAUGAAGUUCCCGCACCUGAGAGAGAAACUUAUCCAAGCUGUGGACCAAAUGCUGGAUAAUGACAUUGCAGAACUCAUGUCGAUUGUGCCUCAAGACUCCGAAGAGACCCCCAUCUCAGGCGGAGCUUUUGACGAUGUCAAAGACACGAAAUCUCCAUUUGGUUAUCAGAAAUGCGAAGGCAUCGACCUUGGAUCUGGCGAACCCGAAUGGAUUGUUGCCAAAGAGCGGAGCAAAUGGGAUCUCAUUUUCAAGGAACUCAACCCUGUCAACGGAAAAGUCAUGGGCUCGACUGCCAAAAAGGAGAUGGUCAAAUCUCGCCUUCCCAAUCCGGUUCUGGCCAAAGUCUGGCGCUUGGCGGAUGUGGACAAAGACGGGGCUUUGGAUGAAGAUGAAUUUGCCUUGGCCAUGCAUCUGAUCAAUGUCAAACUGGAUGGGUUUGAUAUGCCUGAUGAGUUGCCUGAUCAUUUGAUCCCACCCUCGAAAAAGCACUCUCUCUACAGUAAUACCAACGGUAAUUCAAUCCCGUCAUACUGACUGGCGGCCGGACCCGAGGUGAAGCAAUCCCAAGGCAAAAUUGUAGCGGAGUUGAAAACCAUUCAGAACAAAAAUAGCAACGAAAACCGACAAAGGGCCCUCUUCCUUUAUCCUGACGAGUCUUUUCCCAAAGACAUAUCUGAUGACGUCUAUGAUCCUGAAUUAGAAAGGAUUCGGUGGGCUAAAAAUGAGGCAAAAGAGAAAAAACUGACCGAGGACAUUGUUCGAGGUCUGGAGUCCAUAUCCGUGUUGACCUCUGAACACCUUUCUGCCCAAGGUCUCUUGAAAAAAGACACCAAUCCCUUUUGUAACGGGCCCCCCUCAACUCCCAAGACAUCUACAACAACCACGACUAAAACCACACCUAAAGCCAAAGUGGUUGAAACGAAGAUGAAAGAAGUCGAACCCAUCGAUUUGCCUCAAUCUCAUGCAACUACUUCUACUCGAGUCCCUAAUGAAACUACGUACUCCGAACUUGGCCACACCUUCCGUGAUCUCACGUCGAAGAUGAAGGAUGCUGUGGCAGAUCUGAAAUCAGAGGACCUUCAUGCCCAGAAAAAGUUCAAGUACAUUGAUGAGGGCACUGAAGAUGCUCUCACUCAUCGUCGAAACACCGCUGAUGAGAGCGACCUGGAUGAAGCCAUAGAGCACGCCACUGGUUUAGAUAGGAACCUCGUGGUGGAUCAAGUGAUGAUCCAAGAAAGAACCGACCAUUCGAGCUCCAGAUCUUACACAGAAGCCUCUACCUUAAGAAUAUCGGAGACAAAGAAACAUCCGGUCGUCAAGGUACAAGAGUGGACCAUUUGAAGCUCUCCUCUCUCGACGCCUUUUGUAUCUCUUUUCAUUUCAUCCCAUAACCAAGUAUUUUUAAAUCACUUCUUUGUUCUUGAUUGAUUGAUUAUCCAUCGUCGAAUCUGUACGAGAACCUUCAAAUGACUCUAAGUCUAUGAACAUUUGUGUUUAUGAUGUAUUUUCUAUCUCCAUUGUGUUCUUUCUUACUUGAUUUUUUUGUCUCAAGCUUACGAGCUCUUCAAUAAGAACCAACACAAUUUGCAAAGAAAACUUGUCCAAAAAAUAUUCAGUCUUGACAUUCUCA